GUUAACCGGAAACUUCAAAAUCAUCUGCUGGAAGUCAUCUGCCACUUCCUAGUUUCCGUUCCAAUCAAGAUCUCUGAAGCACAUUCUUGCAGCAGGUUACACAGGAAACAUGGCGUGGCGUUUCAAGAUUUCAAAGUAUAAAAAUGCUGCAGCAAAAUUCCCAAAACGAGAGGAAUGGAUACCAGAAUUAUCAGUAGGGAACUUAAUGCAAUCCUGUGGUAAUCAUAUCAAAGCCAGCGGUGCUUUCAUGGCUUUCAACACUGUUCAUACAGGUGGUGGUAGCCUAGGGAUACUGCCUGUAAGUACAUCAGGAAGACUGUCGAAUGGUUUGCCGCAACUUCCAGCGCAUGGUGAUUAUGUAACAGAUUUUGACUUCUCUCCCUUUGAUGACUACGUAUUAGCCACAGGAUCUGGGGACACAACUAUAAAGGUAUGGGUGUUACCUAUGCAAGAAGACAUUAACUCAGGUGCCUUAUCCAACAUCAACCCAUCUGUAUCAUUUCCCAAUGAAAGACGAGUAGAAACUGUAGUAUGGAACCCAGUGGCUGAUGGAGUGCUUGCUGCGUCUGUUUUUGACACUGUCAAAGUGUACGAUGUUGAAAGGGGAGAUAAUAAAUAUGCUCUUGGCUGCCAUGGUGACCAGAUACAGAGUGUGAGUUGGCGGGGAAGUGGUACAUCUCUUGUAACCUCAUGUAAGGACAAGAAAAUCCGUGUACUAGACCCACGCUCGGGAGGAAUGGUUCUGGAAGGCAAGGGACACGGAGGCAUGAAGGACUCUCGGGUGUUGUGGCUUGGUGACAAAGACUUCAUUGUGUCCACAGGGUUCAAUAGCGAGAGAAGUAGAGAAAUACGCCUCUGGGACAGUAGAAACUUUGGAUCAUCUUUACAUUCUUUAGAUUCAGGAAACUCUACUGGGACUAUAAUGCCUUUCUAUGAUAGUGAUACCAAUAUGCUGUUUUUUGUUGGAAAGGGUGACAACAAUAUAAAGUAUUGUGAACUUACAGAUAAAAGUCCAUUCAUCAACGAGAAUUAUGUGGAUAGGACGGAACAAAUAAAAGGUGUAGCCAUGGUUCCUAAACGCCUGAUGAAUGUGAUGGACGGGGAAGUAAACCGCCUUCUAAUCCUUACCAACACUGCCAUUAUACCUACACCAUAUAUAGUUCCUAGAAAGUCUUACAGAGAUUACCAUGAAGACCUCUUUCCAGACACUUUCUCAGGGGAGCCUACUGUGUCUUCCUCAUCCUGGUUCAGUGGAGAGAACGGUCAGGUGAAACUGAUGUCUUUGAAUCCGUCCCGAAGGUCUGAUCCCGUUUUUAAUCCAGGUCACAUAUUCCUAGGAAAUAGAGCUGAUACUGUUGCCAAAACCAACUCCAGCAGGGAGGCAACUCCUGUCCAAAAGCCUGUGAUAAGUAAACCAAAGCCUGUGUCCACACCACCUCCAUCUGUCACCCAAGUGUCGUCUGCUCCUACCACAAACAUUCCUGAUGAACCAGAAGAUUUACCAGACAGCCAGUUAGAGGAGAGCACUUCACUGACAAGAAAUCAAACUGAUGAAGAAAAAGAAGUCGUACAACAUUCCUCUGUUGAGGUUGCCCCUCCAGCAUCUACUCCUUCAACUUCAUCUGUCAACAGACCCAUGUCCGUUGCUAAAAUCAAUACACCAGCUAAAGUGUUCUCAAUGGGUCGUUUGUCAAAGUUCAAAUACCUGAAGGGCCGAAUAGAACACAAAGAUAAUCACAUAGUGAAUGUCAGGAAAUUGUCCACAACAAUUCCAGGAGAGAGUGACAUGUUUGCUGCUAACAGGACGAGGUGUGUCAUACCAAUAGAGGGCGCUGGUGGUCUGCUACAAGUUCUUGAGUUUUCCAAUCUUGGUCGCCUUCAAGACACAGGCUUACCAGUAUUACAACACAAGAGUAAGGUCCUUGACUACGUUUGGGAUCCCUUUGAUGACAGCCGACUUGUAGUAGCAUGUGAUGAUGCCAAGAUUUGGGUGUGGAAUAUCCCAGAGGGAGGUCUUACAGAGACACUAACUGAGGCCUCUCAGUAUCUUCAAGGUCACAUGGAGAAGAUCUACUUUUUGCGGUUCCAUCCGCUAGCAAAAGACAUCCUGGUGUCCUCAGCUUAUGAUAUGACUAUCAGGAUAUGGGACCUAUCGUCUGGGUCUGAGGUUCUGCAGGUUGAGGAACAUCCAGACCAGGUGUUCAACGGUGCCUGGAGCCCUGACGGUAAAUAUUUAUCCACUGUGUGUAAAGAUGGAAAACUGAGAAUAUUCAACCCAAGGAAAUACCAAACUCCUCUCAUGGAGGGUCCUGGUCCUUUAGGUUCCAGAGGGGCUAGAGUGACAUGGGUACUGGAUGGACAAUAUCUCUUCAUCACAGGAUUCACAAAUAAAAAUGAGAGGUGCAUAUCACUGUACGACACUGCUGAUUUAGCCACGCCCCUACAGACUGUCGAGCUGAGUGUGGCCCCGCCCAUUCUGGUGCCUUACUAUGAUGAGGAUAGCCAUACAGUGUUCCUGUCCAGUCGGGGUGAGAGUAAUGUGUAUGCAUUUGAAGUGUCAGAGGAAGAGCCUUACAUCACACAAUUGUCUACAUUUGCUGGGGAAGGCCUUCAUCAAGCUUACGCAUUCCUUCCCAAAAUUACAUGUAACCCCAAGGAGGUGGAGUUUGCAAGGGCGUGGCGACUAACCUCGACUUCAGUGGAGCCUGUGUCCUUCACUGUUCCUAGAGUCAAGAUGGAGUAUUUCCAGGAUGACCUAUUUCCAGACACUCGUGUGACAUGGGAGCCGACCAUGACUAGUGAGGAAUGGCUGUCAGGACUCAACAACCAGGCUAGAACCAUCAGUAUACAGCCAAAGGGAAUGAAAAAGUUGAGUGAAGCCCCAGUGGAGACCCCUAAAACUAGCAAAUAUGACAGCUAUAGUCCUGACACUUACAAAACAGACGAACAGAAAAAAGAGGAGUUACUGAGUGCAAUGACAAACAAGCUAUCAGUGCAAGGAGAUCCCCUACCCCAAGACCUGGCAGAGGGGGUCGAUUCUGAUGAAUGGGAGGAUGAUUGAAAACUUGUGUCCCAUCAUCAAGAAAUUUGACAGUCAUUUUGAAAAGACAUUACAGUAUUACCAUACAACAACAGUACAAAUUAAGUCAAUAGUUUCUUAGGGAGGAAAUCCAUUUACCUGUGUACGUAGUCACUUCCGGAUUCGAGGAAAAAGAGAUUCUUUCAUGAAGGAAGAUAAAUCCCAAGGAAGGGGCUACAACUGGCAUCAAAUCAGAUAUUCUGCCAAAGUGUUUCUCCUUAAAUACGGCGUAAACUGCAGUUGUGUUUUCAUGGUCAUUUCCCAUGUCUUUUUGCUUUACACAAAUGUUUGAAGUGAGCUGACGGAGACCAAAGAAAAUUGCUCAAGAAGUUUUAUUUCUUGUUGUGCUUAAUAUAUACCGGGUAAAUGAGUUUUCUCCAAGCUGCAGGGACCAGUAAAUUUGAACUGAUAUCCAAGUCAUCUAGUUUAAUGAUUCUAAACCUUGGUAGGAGUAUUUAUUGAUGACAGGAGUGACUGAAUGAACAUUUAGUGCUAACCGGGACAGAGGAAUAAAGGUAUUGUGCUUAGAGGGAUAAAGAUUUCACCAAAGGCAAAUUUUGUUUUCAUUGUGGGAUCAACUAGGUGUCAAUUAAGAAAUCCAAUGUAGAAAAACAAAAUGUAUUCUUAAGCAUACAUAUGAAUCCAAUAUCGCGCACAAAUUAUAGGUUAUGUGAGGUUAAUUUUUGACUCCAUUGAACAUUAAAUGUUACUGACCAUGAUAUGUAAAACCUGCUUAAUAAGGAGUAGAUAUAUGUCAGAGUAUAUCACAGGUGUAGAUAUGCCAGUUAAGACAAGCAAACACUCCAAAUGGCAAUUGUUUUCAAUAACACUGGUACAGGAGCUUAAUAGAUACUAUCAAACCUCUCCAUAUAGAGACAUGGAGAGGAAAAUAAAUACGGCAGUCAAUAUUUUAUGUCAUGGGUUUGACCUAUACAUACAUAAACCAGGGCUGGAAUUCUAUUAUUUAUUCUUUAUAAUAUCCGGGGUAUUCCUGAGAUGGUCCUUAUAGACAGGUGGUCUUUAUACGCAGGUUUCCCUGGAAACGUUGUUACUUAUAUACCAUUUGUUUAAAACGUUUUUGUUACAAUAUAUAAUAUACAUGCAUUAUUUAUAUUUUCUUAUGUUUCUGUUUGUCAUUUAUGAAUGAUGUGAUAAACUUUUGUGUAUAUAUUAUACUAUUGUCUGAACGGUCAUGAUUAUAAAUCACUGAUAUUACAGGUUAGUAUGUGCAGAUGGCCGUGACUCUCAAAAAAGCGACAGAUAUACAAUUGUUAGUGUUGCUUUUCACACAAAUUAUUAACAUUAUUGUGAUAGGAUUUUUAUACUAUUUUGGCAGUUAAAUGUGCAAAACAACACCUUGGAUAUAUAAUGGAUUACAAAGUGCAAUUUCAGGGGGAUCAGUUGUAUGAGGUUCAUAAAGUGGACAAAAUUUAUAUAGAUAAUAAGCCUGAAUGUUACAUCAGGUCCCUGUUUGCAUUUCCGUCUUUAUUGUAAUUUAUUUUAAUCAUGAUUUUUACUUAAAAGUGCUUUGUUGUUUGUUUUCCUUUUCCUUUAUUAAUUGUGUGAACAAGAUAUUGUUUGUAAACUUUAAAAAAAAAUUCAUUGAUAUAAUAGAAAAUAGUAAAAAAAAGUUACCAUAAUGGAAUAGUAAAAACCCAGAUACAUGUAUUAACUUUGACUUAAGGAAUAACUUGACCAACUAACGUCUUUUAGAAUUGACCAGGUUUUAAAUAAUGUAUUGCUCCUAACAAAAUAUCGAUUAGAUAAUAACUAGUAUAGUGUUCUGAGGAAGCCAAUGGAAACCCACCAACUGUAUGUAAAGGGGUCGUUAUACAUGUAACUGGUUCAUAUUCAUGUUACUCAAUUAAAAUCACCAAUUAACAAAGACAUAUAUAUAUAUAUGGAAGAAUUAGAGAUAAUAUACACCACUUUUGAAAAAUUGCAUUUAGAUACCAUGUAUAUUAUUAUUACGUACAAACAUAGUCCUGUUAAUGGACAUUAUUAGUGUUGCAUAUGAAACUAAAUACUCUGUUUUUGUUUUCAUUUUACUGUGUUACAAACCAAGGCAUAUUCUUGUUUUGUUGAAACCAAAGUCAUUGCAAUCAAAAGUGGUUUGUGUGUCUGGACAGGUAUAGCAUGUGUAUCUGUUGGAAGUGAUGGUUUCAAAGGAAAAUUUACAAAUACAUCUUAUCAUUGUAACUAAUUUCAUGAAUUUGUACUUUUUUUACCCAAAGAUAUAAUGUAACUGACUGUUGAAGGUGUAUUGUAAUGAUAUCUUGUACUAGCUGGACAAUUUGGUAUUAUUACAAUCUAAUUAAAAUAAUAUCUUUCAAUGCCCUUCUGUAUCAUGUUUCCGGAUUAUGCUGAGGUAAAUUGAAGAUGAAGUUUUAAUUAUAUAGUAUGUUUCCCAUGAGUUCCGCACCUGGUCCAGGAGUAAAGUCUUCCUUUAUGGACUGUGCCUUUGGUACAUAUCAAAGUAAUCAACACACUGUGUAAUCUUGUUGACCAGGUGUAAGGUAUGAACUGCCUGUCAUAAUUUAAGUGAUGCGAUAGACAAAUACCUAUACGUGAACUGUUACAUUAUGUAUAUUUGAUAUUGUAUAUCGGAUCAAAAAGACUCUUUCUAAUUCUGAAUUAUAUUGGUAAUGGUGGGUGUAUAGCCAUCAUACAUACAAAGGAAA